CCAGCGAGCGCGUUAGCUCCAACGCUGGCGACGUGCUACCGCAGGAAGGAUUGGUCCGUGCAAUUUCUUGGGAGGCAACGAGCCCGCAGACCCGAGUUCACCACUGCGGACACAUACACACACACACACACGUACACUUUCCCGACUUACAAGUUAGUAUCCCAUUCUUCGAGUGAUUCCCAACUACGUGUGUUUCAUCCGGAAAAAUAGGAUGUAGUUCCGACUUCUAGCGACUAACAACUCAUUGCAGGCCGGGUCUUACGAUUGAGACCGGCCGUAUUGCUCUUCGUGUGAAGGCAGAUGCCGUUUUAUGAAGAAGCGGAAGCUGCCAACGUGCGCGACGUGUGCGAUUCCGCGCCAGCGGGAGCGUACAAAAAUAAUCGGAUUUACCCGCGAUGUCGGACCACGACGGAGCGAGCAGCAGUCGCGGGGGUGCGUCGUCGCGCGGUGUCAAGCCGAGGCACGUAAGAUCCUUGAAUUUCGGCCAAGCGAUUCUCGAGUGCGGCGUCGACAAGCGGGCCGCCGCGUCGAGUCGCGUCCUUGUGUUCGACGAGAACGUCACUCGCAUACCGCGCACCGAGAAGGCAGACUAUGUACGCAAGUGGCUCGAGACGCAGACGGAGGACGACGAACGCAACCCCUGCCCCUCGUCCCCUGUUCUAAGGACGUCGACGACCUAUCAGAGAUCGCCGAUACUCGGCAGCUUUAGGAAACUGGUCGACAACACCAAGAGGAAGAUUUAUACAGAUGGAAACGUUAAGGCGAGAAAGCUGGUCGCUGCGAAUCACCAGGAGGACGCGGGAUAUCCUGCAAACCUUGCCACGUGGACCGAGCCACGUUGUGGAUAUAGAGGAGAAAGCACGAGAGAUAUGCCGCUCACUUCACCCGGUACGGACGACGUGGCUGCUAACGAGGCAUCUCCUGUUCUCAAUGCCACGUCGCGUUGCAUUUUUAAGGAAAAGAGAAGAAUAUCGCAGUACAAACCGGAGAUCUUGCCGAGGUGCUCAAAGUCGCUGAACUACGAAACCACAGGUACAAAUGUAAAACCAACGACGGAGCCUGAUUGCAAUACUCUGGGAAAGACGCCUGCGGAGCAGGAGGAAGAUUUGGAUAUCAGAGCCAAAGCGUUGAUCUUCUCAACCGAAGUAAGUUCAGAGAAAUAUUGGGGAUGUAUAGAGACGUUUUCGUCGCCGACGCAAGAGAAGCUGAGCUUCUCCGAUAGCUCGAGCGACAGCACUGAUAAGAAUGAUUCCAAGAUAGAGACAGACACGAGCAACGACAGCCGAGACGAGGAAAAUGAUGAACUGACGCUUGCAUCUAGCAAUAGCAAUAAUUUAAGCGAGUUCAUAGAGGACGCCGAUACCCAGGAAACUAGGAAAACAUCUCAGCUCUCGGUGGCGGAUCAAAACUCAGUCUCUUCCGGACAACCGUUCGCGUCCUUGCCAUUAAUUACCGACGACCUGAAUGAAACUUAUUGUUCGGAAGCAGAAAUGAUGCAGAAUCAGAGUACACAUCCGUCCGCGAGGAUCUCCGAGGUGCCGUCUCUGAGUAAAACCAUCGAGAAGACGAGCCAAAUUGUUAGCACGAUAACAACACCGUCGAGAAAGUCCCCGGAUAGGAGUACGUACGCGCGCCUCUUGGACUCCGGAAAGAAACGCCGCAAACCGAAGAAAGGGACCAUGGUUGCGAGGCUGCAAUCUUUGGUCAAUGCGCAAGUAUCCGACGUUCGAAUAUGGUGUCAUCGGAUGAACAAGGAUCGUGAAGCGUCGGCGCGGUACGUCAGCGUACUCGUGCGCGAGUCCACGAGGCAAUUCGGCAAUCAGUUUCUGAGAGGCGUCCUGAUCGAGGACCGCUACAAUCUCCUGCAAAGCGACGGGCAGGCGGAAAACGCUCGAGGGGAACGACUGAGGGGAGUCUCAUGUCUGAAGAUAACAAUAAUGCUAGUCUGUGAUAUAGUUGGUACGUUGAAAAUGAUGUCGGAAGUUGUGAUAAACGUUUAUCCACCUUGGAACGUCUUGGAUAAGGACGAUCUUACCUUGGAAGUGACGUAUUUAAGUAUAAGUAAUGAUCAGCACAUACUGAGAACACCUGAUCGCGAAAGCGCGGAAAAAUCGCGUGAGCGCGAGAAGCGGGUUCUCAGAGAGUUCAACUGUCCCUGCAUAGAAGAGCAGAGAGAACUGCCGUUCUGCGCGAGGAAGCCUAGCGGUGAUAAGCCCGAUGUGAUGCAACAUAUAUUUAAUUUCUACAGUUUGUGCUCCCAGUGGGAGAAAACGAGCGCAGGCAUUUACGGCAGUUGUAGAACGAUGUCGGUCGCUCAGGAUCGACCCGAGCUGUAUGAGGAAGUCAAGCUGUACAAAAACGCCCGGGAGAGGGAGAAACACGACAAUCAGGCGGACCUGUACGCCGUGGUGAACACGUUGCAGCACUUGGAAAAGGCCUACAUCAGGGACUGCGUUACGCCAAAGGAAUACACGGCGGCGUGCAGCAAACUGUUGGUGCAGUACAGAGCGGCGUUUAAGCAGGUACAGAGCGAUCAGUUUCCGACGAUCGACUCCUUCACCAGAGCGUUCCGCCUGGAUUGUCCCGCUGCCCUCGAGAGAAUCAAGGAGGACAGGCCGAUCACGAUAAAGGACGACAAGGGCAACACCUCCAAAUGCAUCGCCGACAUUGUCUCGCUGUUCAUCACGCUCAUGGAUAAAUUGCGGCUGGAGAUCAAAGCCAUGGAUCAAUUGCACCCGGAUCUGAGAGACCUCAUGGACACCAUGAACCGCCUCAGUAUUUUACCCAGCGACUUCGACGGUAAAGAGAAGGUUUCAGAGUGGCUGCAGACCCUCGACAAUAUGUCCGCCUCGGACGAAUUAUCGGACACUCAAGUCAGACAAUUGAUAUUCGAUCUAGAGACGUCGUACAACGCUUUUAAUAAAAUACUUCACAAUUCCUAAUUCUUUUUCUCCCCUGCCGAGUCGCGGGUUAAUUUAGUGUCGCAACACGAGCCUUCAUGUAUAUACCAGUUUUAAUGCCGCUUGAACGAAAUUAUUAAUGUAUAAAAUAGAAAAUUAUUAUUUGUACAUAUUGUUAUACUAAUGAUUAAUUUCGCCGCUAGGUAUCGAUGACAGAUUCCUCUCAAGUUUUCUUCUACCAUAAAGUGUACAUUAGUUUAUUAUAUCGCGUAUCACAGUUUUAGUAUUUGUAAUUGUACUUCUUUUUUUUCCUGAUAAGCAACAACUUGCCACUUCGCAUCACUCUGUUCCUUGAAUCGCGCGUAAGACUCCCAGUGUUUAAGAUCCUUGCAUAUAUUUUAUUGGUAAAUAAAACUAUAUUGGAUAUACGUAUAUUGUGCGCAGAAUAAACUAUUUUAUAUGCGAUUCUUUGUAAACACCGACAGGUGAAUUGCUUGUAUAUUAUCGAUUAAGCCAAUAAAAGUGCGGUACACGUUUUAACA